GCAGGUUUUUGUGUCAUUAGAUAGAGGAAGAUUGAUAGGUUCAAAAUUGCUUCUGCUCUGAAAGAGAAAGUAGCUGCGGUACAUUUUUGAUGCUGAAGACCACGACAAGGAUGUCCUCCCAAAAAAUAUUUGUUGUUGCUGGGAGGAUUCCAAAUCCUUAAAGCAAGAGAAGUCAAGAAGCAUGACGGGCGGCGGCGGCGGCUCGACGUCGUCGAGCUCGAACUUGCGCAAGCCGGCAACGCUGCGGCCGAAGCCCUUCCGAACCGAUACAUGUCUCGAAGAGGUCGGCCGACGGACGCUAGCGCGAAUAUAUGCCGACCAGCUGGCACCAGAUAAAGAGUAUUUUUGGCUUAGUUACAAGCGUUUUCUUUCUGUAUGUAGGAAACAAUGCAUGCCGUUGACACUAGGUUGAGCAUGUUGAAUCUUGUUACUGUUCAACAUCAACAAACUUCCAUCUAAGUGCACUACGUCCUAUUUUACCAGGGUGGAGUACGUUGCGCUGUGUUCGGCGGAAAAUGUUUACAAGAUUUUUUUAGCAGUAUGGACCGGAGUAUGUCACGACCUACAAGAGCCGGGCGCGGCGCUCCACGUCCCAACUUUGGGACGGUUCAUACACACGCGCGCAGCAAGCAGCAGCUCAGGUGCCGUGGCGCCGAGCAGUUGCGAAGUCGCCUUCGAUGCGGAGAACUUUUCUGAAGACCAUGCUUUUCGUGCACCGCCACUCAUCUCGGGUCCAGUCUCCAAGUACCAAAAAUCGAAGAUACACAAGUUGCUGCCUGGUAAAGGAUAUUGCUCCCUCCUCUUUGUCUAACUAUGUAUCUAUCUACAUGAAUGAUCAUGUCGUGCUCUUGAUCGAAUCUUGAACUGCCCGAGAUUCUAAGUCUUCUGCGUGGUCUGUCUGGACCGCUUGAGGAACUGUUUCGUCUUGCCGAUAGUAGAGAGUAACCAUCUAAGUCGCACUGAGAUGAUGUUACUUGGAAGAACAUUCUUGACAGGUCUGCCGGCCGAUUUCGUGGACAUGGUACACGAGUUCGUGCUCGAUACCGUUCCCUGGGCGUGCAACACGCACGCGACGGUAUUUUUAGACCUUGCGCCAUUAGGAAAGAUAAAGUGCGACGAACAGCGACGAGUGGUUUUUGAGGCUUACGACUUUUUACAGAAGCCAAAGUUCACGAUACAAAGCUCGCUCAGCCGAAAGCUCCCAGUGUCCGCAUUCACCGCACCCGCGGCAGUCCCAGCGCCGGCAGCGGAGAAGGCGGCUUCGAUACCGGAAGAAGACGAGGAAGAAGGGUAACAUAUUUUAUUAUAUUUGAUCGAAGUUGUAGAAGACAUUUUGUUUUUGUUGAAGUAUGGCACUACAUACAUUAUUUUGUCGGAAUCUUCCUCUACGUGUUUCGUCCGUUGGCGUUAGAAGAAACACUUUUCUCACCUCCAGUUCUCCAUCGUCCCCGGGUCUGCGCCUGCGGCGAGAGGAAUUAGAGCGAGUAUUUUUAGAAGGCGGAGGCUUGCCUGGAAGAGUCCAGGAUACUCUGGACGAGGGCCGCUUCCACAAGGACGAGGCCCCUCGAAUGAAGCAAGUUGCUUCUGGGAGUUCUCAGUUCCCAGACUUGUUAGACGCUUUUUCGCGGACGCGAUGUGCGCCAGCAAGGCAGGAGCUGCAGAAAGGCGCUAUCAGCGGCAACAUAGGCAUAAAUUAUAGUCCUUUAGCGGGAUUGCUCAAGUUGGAUCCAGAAAAAAAUCCUGACAUAUCAAGUAGUAGUCUAGAAUGGCGCGUAGACCGGGCACAUAAUCUCGCGAAACACGACCUCGCGAAAAAUUUUUCCGAAAUUCACCAAAAUUUCCUGCGAAAUGACGAAAGCGUUCAAUUCUGGGAAAAGCAGCUCGGCAUAUUCAUAGAAGAAGGUAGUAUUUGCUUACAAAACCCUUCAUACAAUUUUUGAUAGAUGAUCAAGGAUCAAGUCAAAAAUACCACCCGAAUGUUCAUUACUUAGGUCAAAGAGCAUGCUCCGACUUUCGCACCAUAUGAAACAAUGACUAUGAUCAACAGGUAGCCCAAUUGCUCUUGACGUCGAGGAAGCUGGUACUUUAACACGGAAGGACUUUUUGUGCACGCUAAUGCGAUACAAGUACUACGUGGACAGCAUUCCAGACGCGACGAUUUCUCCCUACAACCAGCAAUGGCUGGAUAACACCAAGCUGCUUGUGGGGAAUUCUCUCCUUACUGCCAGCGACAAGAAACUAGUCAAGUCGCUUCAAGAUGAGCUCCUAGGAGAGUAUUACAGCGCGGUAAAGCGCGCGGUGUGCAACUACUGCCUCCUCGACGAAAGCACUAGACAGCGCACUGCGGUGCUCAUAUUUCCCCAGCUAGUGGAUCCGUGGGGAGACUGGAGAUAUAUGAAGGUAUCCUCGAUGGUUCUGUUGUUGCCAUUUUGAGGUAUGGCCUCAGUCAUGGUAGCAUUAGCAUAGUCGGUGUUGUGAUUUCUGGGGGGGCAAAUUUCGUGGGUGAGCUAUUUUUAUGUACCAGGAAGGGAGGCCCCUCUCCUGUGGAUGGAGCGGCGGCGGCGUCGGCGCGCCCUUUUUUCCGCGGUGGUGACGUGCAAGCAUUCCCGGGGGCGAAGGUCUCAAAAGGCGGAGCCGGAGCCCCCUUGCGGCUCGGGGCGUGUAGCCCACAGGCGUCCCGACUCUUGGGCCCUAUUUCGGCGUCCACGGUCGCGAGGCCUGACCCCUUUGGCCCGCAUCCCCCCAAUUGGCGGCAGCGCCAGUGGCGCUGCCGCCAAACGCCCGGGGGGUUGAGGACCAAAGGCGAGGAGGAGUGGGGGCAAGGCGUGCCCGCCUGGGUUCUGUCGGAUACAUGCAGCACGGCGAAAGGGGUCAAGCCUUGCCACCUGCUGCCCUCGGAGGCCUUCCACUUCCCAAGAAACUCCCCCAGUGAGGAGCCCGCGCGCGGGAGGUCUGUAGGCUGCAUGCAACACGGCAAGGGGGUCAAGCCUUGCCGCCUUCGGAAGCCCUCCGCCCCCGGCCGUCGGUGCUUGAACGGCCUCAGGGGUUUCUUUGGGUUCUGUAGGGUACACGCAGACGCAAGUAGCCGCGAGGGCGCGAAGUGGUCGCUUGGAAGCCUUUUUGCCCGGCAGUCCCUUGAGAAAUGGGGCCCGGAGGGGGGGCCUCCAGCCCUGGGCCUGAAGGCUUAUAUUUAUGCUCCAGGGCGCGGAGCGACGCCCCCCCCGCAGCGGGGGGGGGCGGGCGCCCUGGGCCCCUUUUUAAGGCGUCUGCGGGGGGGGGAGGGCCUCGAAAGGGGUCCCAGUGAUCUCCCUCUCCGCUCCCUUCCAGCUGCUUGGCUCCUGGUGAUGGUGGGAGGCUUCAAAAGGGGCCCAAGGGACCGCCUGCGCCCCGUCCAGGUGCCGGCUUGUGCCCUAGGGGCAUCCGCUAGGCUCCGCCGCCGCAGCAGUGCGCCGACAGCGGGAGGCCUCCGAAGGCGGCAAAAGGCGAGGGGCUGGACCCCCUGAGCUGUGCCGCCUAUACCCUCCGGGCCCUUGGUAAUCGGCUUGCUUGCUUUUGCGACCGUGGCCGCCUUCGGUGGCCUUUUACCCCGGAAACCUCCCGCCUGCGAGGGUCAGCAGAGGCCAGGAGGUCUCUUCGGAACGCGCUGAGAGGCCCAAGGGGAGGCCCGCGCCAAGUUUUGAGGCCUUCCAUCACUAGAAUCCGCGUGAAAAAGCGCGCGCGCGCCACCACAGACCACGAGACCACAGGGGGGGGAGGAGGGGGGGGACCGUCUGGCUUUGCGUCUUAUAUACAUAGGUCGCGGCAAUCUGACAGGACGGCGAGAUUUGUCUUGACAUCAUUACAAUUAUUGAAUUAAAUGUCACAGUUCCCGCUCGAGAUAGCCUCUACCUUCGGCAUCGACGAAGAGACGGGCAAAACUUUGCUGUCCGAGUGGGAGGAGCUCGAGCGCAUGCAGCUGCUCGACGUGUUCGUGGGAAACACGCAAGCGAGCCGCGAACUCCUAGAAAUGUUUCAUGCUGACUACUCGGAGCUAGUCUUCGUAGAUCUUCCAAAGCGUGGCGUUCUGAGCGACGUCGAAGCCUUCCGCCUCGGGCAGGAGCGCUUCCGCGAUCUCAUCGUGAAGAAGUUCGCGGAGGACUGGAAUUUGAGGGUUUUAGGCAUCGUGAGGGAGGAAAUCGAGCACAACGGAGAGCUAGAAGAGCGGUCUUUGGGACACCCACACAGGCGCGAAGAGGCUAUCCUGGUGGCCGGAGAGGCUGGUGGCGCACCGCCAGCACCUGUGACGAAGCUGGACCUGUUUCACGAUAGCGUAGCGGUGCUGUGCUCGCUGCACUUGCGGCACUGCGUGCAGCGGUCAUUGGCGGAAUACGUCACGUUCUUGGAGCGUUUCGGUAACGGCACGCCGCUGACAGUGAAUCAGGUGCUGUCUCUGACGGACGACGACGCCUGGGAGGACUCCUUCUUGCUCAACAAAUUGACUGCUGACGUGAAGGGCGAUGCCAUUAAGUUCCGCAACCCUUUGGAGAGUGUGCACGACAAGCUGAUUCGUGUCUUCCGCGAGAUGGUUUUGUGUUUGAACAGCAUGCAGCGACCCGAUGUGCAGAUCGCGGAGUCGCCGACAGAGCGCUGCCUGCUUCCGGUGUUGCUAGAGGAGAGCGACAUCCAGAUCCAGCUGCACAGGAUUGAGGAAGUCAUCUCUCUGAACAUCGCGAACGUCCGGGAUGCCAUCCAUUUGUACGACAGCUUCCUCUUCCUCCUGGGCGAAUCGCAGCGUGUUACGCAGCCUUUCGUCGAGAUGGAUCUGAAGGGCUUCUAUUUCGAGGUCGAAGUGCUCGCGAUGAAAAAGGCGGCAGCAGAUAAAGCUGCUGGCAAGAAAGAGGAGAAGAAAGCACCCGAACCCCCGCGGAAGAGUCGCGAUGACUACGAGGAGUACGUGACUAAGCUGCGAGACGCCAUGCAUCAGCUGCAGCACGCUUUCCCAGGCCAGAUUCGCAUGCGCAUGAUCACCCUGGAUUGCCGCGAGAUCAAUGACUUGCUGUGUCAGUCCUGCAAGACGUGCAUCGACACCUUGCUGGAAUCGAUGGUGUCCAAGAUCACGGAUAAGAACAGCAAGCUGCAAAAGCGUUUCGAGUUUAUUGAGAGCCGGCUCAGUCGGAAAGCAACGACAGAGGAGGGCUUAACCGAGAUUGAAACCGAUUUGGAUGAGUUCCGAAGGAUCGAUGUUCCUAUCCUGCUUCAAGAAUACACUGACAUCCGCGAGUGGAUGGAACUCGUGAUCCGCUUAGAGGCUCCAAUGAGUGCUGGCGACUACCGCGCUUUGUACGAGUCCUCUAGGUGGGUAAAGUAUACAGGUACUAGAAUAUGAAAGGAAGAUUAUGAGAAGAUGAGUGAUUAGAAAUGGUCAUUAGAAUGAUGUUGUAUGUAACUUCUGUUUCUCACUCCUGAUGUACUGCGUGAGUCCCCGACAUAGUAUGUCACUAGAGAUGGAGGUUUGUUACUACAUUUCUUUCGUUUUCGCAUCCCUAUCACAUCUAUGUUCCACGUUUUUUUGCGCAACAACGAAAUCCUCACCACACGCACACCAAACAUCAACAGACCGUCUGAAUGAGCGACAGCAGGAGCUGGACAACGAGCGCGACAACAUCGAAGACAGUUUCCUGCGGGAACGCACGAAGUUCCAGGAAUGGCUCGAAAGUGUGGACAAAAAGGUCGACAAGUUCAAAGAAUACGGAAAUAUCCGACAAUGCGACGAAUAUCUCGAGAAAAUCCAGCUUGUCAAGGACCUCUUCGUGCAAGUCGACGAAAAGGCUGAGGAAAUCGCAAAUAAAGAGGAUAUGCUAGGUACGUAGAAGUUUCCAUGAGUAGAUAGAAUUCGUUGAUUUUUCGAUGAUCACCGGUGCCGUUCACUAGUCAGGUGCGGCCGACCUGAAUUCCCAGCUUGGUCCUGGAGUGAUUAAAAAUUGCUGUAGAAAGAUGGAGUUGAUAAGCAUAAACAAAAUGAUGUUUAUGGUCUUACCCAUCUUCACCUUCCACAGGUUGGGAUAUUACCGAGUUCGAGCUUCUGGGUACGAUGAAGCAGAAGCUAGAGCCGUUCGAGAACCUGUGGAUGACGUGCCGCGAUCACAACAAGCAGUACGGACAGUGGUUCAAGGGGCCUUUGUUUCAGAUCGAUGCGGAAACUGCAGAAGGCGACGCCGCUAAAAUGUGGCGAACAGCCUACAAACUCCAAGCUUUGUUCAAAGACGGCGACCAAAAAGCAGAGGGACCGUUCGAAGUCGCGAAGAAAAUCAAGGAAGAGCUGGACUUUUUCAAAGAGAAGGUGCCUGUAUUGACAGCGCUGUGCAACAAGGGUCUGAAAGAGCGUCACUGGGAGAAGAUUUCGGGCGUAGUCGGUUUUACGAUCGAACCGGACAACAGCUGGACGCUGACGCGAGUGAUGGACAUGGAGAUCGAGAAAUUUGUCAAAGAUUUGGAGGAUAUCUCAGAAAGCGCAUCAAAAGAAUUUCAGAUCGAGAAGAGUCUCGACACUCAGGAGGAAGAGUGGGCACCACUCAUUGCAGAAUUCAAGCCGUGGAAGGACACCGGAACCUACAUUUAUGAUACAAAAACGAAGAUUCAUUUGGUAGAGGUUAUUAAAUACUUGAGUGGAACAGCUCUAGUCUUUAUGUGCAUAUUAUGAGAUUGUAUAAAAGUUUAGUCAUUGUAGCAUGCUAAUGGAGGAAGCUAUGUUCGUGGAAAACUAGAAGUACAUCGAUCUACAAAAAUAUAUACACCAAAGCUCGUCGCGUCUCAUGUCCUUGAUUUCGACGAGUAUUGUUUGAUUCCUUCUCCUCUAAUUUCUUCUUGCGGGUAAUACGGUGGAGGCUGUGCAGUCCUUGUUGGAUGACCACAUUAUUAAGGUGCAGACAAUGAAGGGCUCGCCGUUCGCAAAGUUCUUCGCGGAACGCAUGAAGGACUGGGAAGAAUUCCUUAUCACAGUUCAGGAUAUCAUCGAUAUCUGGUUGAAAGUGCAGUCCGUGUGGUUGUACUUGGAACCUAUUUUUUCGUCCGAGGAUAUCAUGAAGCAGAUGCCGGUCGAGGGCAGGAAAUUCAAGGAAGUAGAUAAGACAUGGCGGGAGAUACUAGAGGAAUGUUUAGCAGAUCCACCUGCGACAACAGUAUUCCGCAUAGAGGGUACUUAAUCACUUCUGAUUGAAUAGCUUUUCGUUUGAGGAAUUAACAGCAUAAUGGUGAUGCUUUAUUUGGAAUCGACAGUUGUAUGGAGAUCGAUACAUUAUCGCCAUGGAGGUUUAUUUCAUUCCGUCAUGGCAUAUCACUCGUUAAAACUGCAAACAGGUUUAUUGGAACGACUGAACGCGUGCCACCAGAAUUUAGAAGACGUGCAGAAGGGUCUGAAUGACUACCUCGAGACUAAGCGUUUGUAUUUUCCGCGUUUCUUUUUCUUGUCGAACGACAAUUUGUUGGAGAUAUUGUCCGAGACAAAGGAUCCCACUAAAAUCCAGCCGCACUUAAAGAAGUGCUUUGAGGGAAUCCAAUCCUGCACGUUCGACGAUAAGAAGCGCAUUACGCAAAUAGUCGCCUCCGAAAAGGAGGUGGUACCACUGAACAAGCACGAGGACAAGGACAAGACCGGAUCCGUAGACGGCAAACUGAAGCCUUUCUUUGUGGAUCCGGCCAAGGCGCGAGGAAAUGUUGAAAUUUGGCUGGUCGAGUUGGAGGAUGCGAUGUGUGCUGCCAUUCGUGCCGUCACAUUCGCUUCCAAAGAUGAUUACCCAACGAAAAAGUUUUCCGAGUGGCUGCAGCUCUGGCCUGGUAACUUUUGCUGAAGAGCAAGAUUUUCAGUCUUUGGUGAUACUAGGCGUAUGUACGGAACAAGAUUGAGUUUCUCGAUCCCGACGAUAAAGAGUAAUGUGAUCACACUCAUCAACAUGAUGGACCAAUCCGUUUUAUUGACUUUCACAAAUCAAAGGUAUGACGGUGAUCGGUGUGUUCAACAUGUACUGGACACAGGACAUUCAGAAUGGACUCGCAGAGAAGGGCAACGAGUUUUUUGUUGACUACGGUAAGUUUAUGAAAGACAUCCUGAAGGAGAUUAUCGACCUGGUGCGUGGUGACGUCUCCAAGGUCGUUCGUUGCACCCUAGAAGCGCUGAUCGUCAUCUACGUGCACAAUCAGGAUACAGUGGAUCAGUUGUACGACCUGGGCAUUGCGUCGCCAAACGAUUUCGAUUGGUUGGUGCAGUUACGCUACUUCGCAGAACCAAAUGCCGAUCGGGCAGAUCGACCGGAUAUCUUUGUGCGAAUCAGUAAUUCGCACUUGGGAUAUGCGUACGAGUACCUCGGGAAUAGCUCCCGUCUGGUGGUUACGCCACUGACCGAUAGGUGCUACCGUACGUGCUGCGGUGCUUUGCACUUAGGGUAUGGUGCGGCGCCUGAGGGCCCGGCCGGAACGGGAAAGACGGAAACGGUGAAGGAUUUGGCGAAGGGUCUGGCACGAUUUUGUGUGGUGUUCAACUGCUCCGAUGGCCUGGACUACAUUGCGAUGGGUAAAUUCUUCAAAGGUCUCGCGGCCUCCGGAGGGUGGGCGUGCUUUGAUGAAUUCAAUCGUAUCGACGUGGAGGUGCUGUCAGUGGUUGCACAGCAGAUCAUGAGUAUCCAGAACGCGAUUAAGGCACGCAAGACGCACUUCGACUUCGAGGGCACUUAUCUGCCAAUCAAGUGGACUGCGAACAGUUUCAUCACGAUGAACCCUGGUUACGCAGGGCGCGCUGAGUUGCCGGAUAACCUCAAGGCCCUGUUCCGAACGGUGGCGAUGAUGGUUCCAGACUACGCGAUGAUUGCCGAGAUCAAACUCUACGCCUAUGGUUACGAAGAUUCUCGUUCGUUGGCGCAGAAGAUUGUGACGACCUACAAACUCUGUUCCGAACAGCUCUCCAGCCAAGUGCACUACGAUUAUGGUAUGCGUGCUGUCUUUUCCGUGCUCGUGGCAGCAGGUAAUCAUACAUAGCUAUUACAACCUCUACUCGCAGGCAACGCACGCCAACUGUUUGCACCUGUGAUGAUUGUUUAGACUUUGGAUAAUUGAAGAUCGAGAUUCAUUUUAAUGGGGUAUCAAAGCUAGAUUCGCACUCACCUGAAUUUUUGGACUGACUCGACCCAGAGGAGCCCGACGGACUCGGUCAGUCCAUGUUUUACUACGGACACAGAUACAUCGUGGAAAAUAAAACAAGGUAACUUGAAGCGUAAGCGCGCUGGGGAGAGCGAAUCGGUGUUGAUGUUGCAGUCCAUCAAUGACGUGAACUUGGCAAAGUUCUUAGCGUUUGACGUGCCACUAUUUGGCGGUAUCAAGAGCGAUCUCUUUCCUGGCGUCGAACUCCCCGUACCUGACUACUCGAAGUUGAUCGACGCCGUUAGUUAUCACUUGCAGAAGGACGCUUGCAAGCCGGACGAGUACUUUCUGACGAAAGUUAUCCAGUUCUACGAGACGCACAUUGUGCGGCACUCGCUGAUGAUUGUCGGUUUGCCGUAUUCCGGCAAGACCACGCAGGUUUUGUCCCUGCAGAAAGCUCUGACCGAUUUGGCAAAGAGUGGCGACAUGCACCCGGGUGAGAUCGUGCACCAACUGCGUCUCAACGCGAAGAGCAUUCCACCGAGAGAUCUCUACGGGUGCUUCGAUGAGGUGAGUCACGAGUGGACCGAUGGUGUUGUGCCGGUGCUUUUCCGUGAAUUUGCGCGUAACCAAACGGACGAGAGGAAGUGGCUCGUCUUCGAUGGACCGGUGGACGCGAUCUGGAUCGAGGACAUGAACACGGUAAUGGACGAGAACAAGAAGUUGUGCCUUACUAGCGGAGAAAUCAUCGCGAUGAGUGCGAAUAUGCGCGUCGUGAUCGAGCCCAUGGAUGUGGAAGUGGCUUCACCGGCCACGAUAUCGCGAAACGGAAUGGUCUACUGCGAACCCCAUUUGAUGGGCUUUCAGCACUUGGUGGACAAGUUCAUUGCCCAAGGCUUGCCAGACUUCAUGACCGACGCCGAGAGCAGCGAGGUGAUCGAGAUGACCAACUGGCUGCUUGGGCCCUGCAUCAGGUACGUAAAAUCCUCGUGCCAAGUGGUGUCUCCGAGUCUCGACCAAAACUUGGUACAGAGCUUCUGUCUGUUGUACAUGAGCUUGAUUCGCGAUGCGCUAGAGCAUGAAAACUUCGUGAAGAACGAGAGCAACAUUUCAGCCACCGAGAUUGCCUCGAAAAAUAUCAUCACCAUGAUUGAUUGCUAUGCCAUCUUUGCAGUGACGUUCUCUUGCGGAGCGGCAUGCAACACCGAGUCCAAAGCGCUCUUUUCGAAAUUCCUGCAGAAACUAUUGGCGAAUCAGGUAAAAAUCUAGUAACAUAUCGCGGAAGCUCGAAGACGAGGAAAGGAAACUGACAUUUGAUGAUACUCACUACGAAGGAAAGAUAAAUAAUGCGGUCGUUAUUUAUGGACCUAAUAAAGAUUAACUAAUCCACUAUCGUCUAGAACAACUGCAUAAUGCGGCCGUUUUUGAUUUAAGUAAGGACAAUUGAAAUAAGUACUUCUCAGGUCGACGAUGUGAAAGCGUUUAAGAAAGUGAAUCCACCGCUGCCGGAUCGGGGUGUUGUUUUCGACUACGUCUGGGACAUGGACAGCUUGAGCUGGAAAAGCUGGACCGAGACGGUGCCGGACCAGGUGAUCCCUAAUACGGCGCAGCCACACACGCUGCUGAUUCAGACGACCGACAGCAUUCGCUACCAGUACGUGAUCCGGCAUUGCAUCAAGCACGAAAUCAAGCUGCUCUUCUGCGGUCCAACGGGUACGGGUAAGACCGCGUACAUGGAGCAGCAAUUGUUGGCUAUGGACAAGGAUGCAUACAUGCCGAUCUUUAUCGGGUUCUCCGCGAAGUCACGCUGUUCGCAAGCGCAAGACUUGAUCGACGCGAAGUUGGACCGCCGACGUAAGGGCGUCUUUGGGCCCGCGAUGAACCGAAAAGCCUUGAUUAUGGUUGACGACUUGAAUAUGCCGGUGAAGGAGAAGUACGGAGCGCAGCCGCCAAUCGAGAUCUUGCGCCAGAUGAUCGACAAAAUUGCUUAUCCGCCAAACGGAGGUUGGUACGAUCGCAAAGAUUCGACGCAUCCCUUCCGUGGAAUAGUCGAUUGCAUCAUGUUCGCAGCGAUGGGUCUGCCGGGUGGUGGUCGUACCUUCAUUACGCCGCGAUUUGCCAGUCACUUCCUCUUAGUAGGUUUCCCGAAUCUGGACGACGAAAACAUGACCAAAAUCUUCCAAACUAUCGUGGACUGGAAGUUCGGCGUGGAAGGGUACUAUAAUCUAAUGUCAAUGCUAUGAUAUCUCUUGUUGUUUCAAACACUUUUUUGUCGAAGCUUUUCAUCGGCGAUUGUGAUCCACAUCCAUUCCUAUGGCUGAAAGACAAUGAGGUGGCUUUGGGAUAGAUAUGAAUCAUGACAAAUUUUUACCAGAUACCCAGGCGAGGUUACCGGCAACGCCAAGAAAAUAGUUCUGGCGACACUGGAGAUGUACAAAGCGGCACUAGCGAACCUAUUACCAACUCCCUUGAAAGUCCACUACACUUUUAAUCUUCGAGAUUUCGCGAAGAUUAUACUUGGUUUUCUGCAGAUGGACAAAGAUGGCUUCGGCGAAGAUGCAGGUAACCGUUGCAUUCGUCUAUGGGUGCACGAGUGUUGGCGUAUUCUCGGCGAUCGUCUCAUAAUAGAAGAGGACCGCGUCUGGAUGCUCAACGAGAUAAGGGAAAUCACGAAGAGAACCUACGGCAAAGCCUUUGACGAAGUGAUGAAGCCAUAUGAUAGAAACGACGACAAAAAGGUCAACACCAUCGGCGAACUUAGGUACAACUUUUUACAAUCCUGACAUGAGGGAGACCAAGACUUUAUUUGAAUGUAAGUACUUGCUUGAUAGUGAUAGGCACGCAUGGAUGUAAGAAUGACAUUUUCGCUUCAAAAAGGACAUUUUCAGUUGCUUCAUUGCAUACUAUCUCUGCUUAACAUACAAGGUAUAUGAUAUUUGGCGAUAUGCUGAGUCCUCCAGCCGCUCCGAAGAGGCCAUACAGGGAAUGCAUGAAUUUCGAAGAGUUGCAGUCCACCGUCGAGGCGCAUCUUGACGAAUACAACAACAUGACAACGAACAAGAUGAAUUUGGUAUGAUCAUGAUGCUUCGUCUUUUCUCUAGAUGUUAGUAGAUUCAUUCUACGUUGUAGCAGCGAUUAUUUUGGGAAUUUUCCCUCCUACUCAUAAUCGGUGAUGGUUUGUCGCUUCUAUUUUCAUCAGGUGUGCUUCUUGUACAUGUUGGAGCACUUGAGUCGAGUUGCUCGCGUGGCACGCACUCCUGGUGGUAACGCUCUACUUGUCGGCGUCGGUGGUAGUGGACGACAAAGUUGCACGAAGCUUGCCUCCUUCCUCGCCGACUACACGAUAUUCCAAAUCGAAAUCGCGAAGGGCUAUGACCUGCUAGCCUUCCGGGAGGACAUCAAGAAGCUGUUGACAAAUGCUGGCGGAAAAGGUGACAGCACAGUGUUCCUGUUCACCGAUUCGCAGAUCAAAGAUGAAGGUUUCGUAGAAGAUAUCAACAACUUGCUCAACAGUGGUGAAGUGCCAAACCUGUUCGCGGCCGACGAAAGAAUGAAUCUGUGCGAGCUAGUGCGGCCUGCAGCCAAACAGGAAGGCAAAUGCCUCUCCGGUGCGCCUGCGGAGCUGUACGCCUAUUUCAUAGCGCGUGUGCGAACGCUGAUGAAGAUUGUGCUCUGUUUCUCGCCUAUCGGUGACAGCUGGCGCUCCCGACUGCGCCAGUUUCCUAGUUUAGUGAGUUGCUGCGUCAUUGACUGGUUCACCGAGUGGCCGGCAGAUGCGCUAAUCGCAGUCGCGGAUAGGUUUCUGAAAGAGGAAAAGAUGGACGAGAAGACAUGCGAUAGCUGUGUGGAGAUGUGCAGCGUCUUUCACGCAGAAUCCACCAAACUAGCGGUAAGAUUCAAGGACGAACUAAAGCGGAUGUACUAUGCAACCCCAACUUCAUUUCUGGAGCUCAUCGCGACAUUUAAGACCCUGCUAGGCGAAAAACGGAAACAGGUACUCCUUGAUCGAUUCUACCUGCAUCAGGUGUCGUUGAUCUCGACCCAGGAUCUUGUGGCCACUUGGGUUGCAUGCUACGCAACCUCCAACCUGACCUGGCCCUUUUUCUUAUAUGUGGCAGUAUAAAACUCCAUGCUCAAGAAUAAACACGGAUAUCAUAGUCACGCAUGGGCAAAUGCAGGAAGUUGAUGUCAAUCUGUUGUAUCGUCGGUUGAAGAUCAUGCCGAGUCCAAAAAUGUUGACCCCCUUACUACUGAACAGGUUUCCGAUUUGAAGAAUAAGUAUGAUGUCGGUUUGACGAAAUUGGUGCAGACGGAGGAAUCUGUCGAAGGUAUGAAGCAGGAAUUGAUUGCGUUGCAGCCUCAGCUGAUCAAGAAGAAUAAGGAGGUGGGCGAGUUGAUGAUCGUCGUCGGGAAGGAGACUGAGGAAGCCGAAAAAGUGAAGGUUGUUGUUGCGGCGGAUGAGGCCGUUGCGAACGAAGCCGCAGAGGCUGCGAACGCUAUCAAAGUGGAGUGCGAGGCUGGUUUGGCAGAAGCAAUGCCAGCGCUUAAUAGUGCCCUGAAAGCACUCGACACACUCACUUCGAAGGAUAUCACGGAAAUCAAAGCAAUGAAGAAUCCACCAAGUCCGGUUAAGCUCGUGCUCACAGCGGUCUGUAUCAUGAAAAACAUCACGGCCGUCAGGUACUUUAUUCAUCUGGCCUGUUAGUAGUAGUAUCAGAAGUGCCAUGAUUCUUACAAAUUAUGUCAACGAUUUAAAGUUACUAGAUCACAAAGUAGAAAUGAUUCACGUUCACGCUCAAUCUCAAUGCUAGUUUGUGGUGCACAGCUCACCUGCAGCACGCCCAUUUCUCUUUCUAUCCCCUGGCUUCUCUUUACACCACAAUCAACAGGGUAUUCUCUCUUUCUCUUUCCACCACAAUAGGGAGCCCGGUCCAGACGGUAAGAUGGUGAUGAAUUAUUGGCCUAGUAUCGUGAAAAUGAUCUCGGAUUCCAAGUUCUUAGAUUCUUUGCGGGCUUAUGACAAAGACAACAUGGACCCGAAGGUCGUAGCGAAAGUUGGAACUAUGAUUGAAGACGAGGAUUUCCAGAUUGCACGUCUCGAGAAAGUGUCCAAAGCGGCAACAGGAGUCUGCAUGUGGGUACGCGCGAUGGUUACCUACGACCGCGUAGCGAAAGAUGUACUUCCCUUCAUUUACAUGACCAUUCUGCUGAAUAAUUUUGAUGUGGUUUCGCGCGCUUAGAUAGUAGCAUCAUGAACUAACUUUGUAGAGCUACCGAUGGGUUUAGGAUCUGUGAACUUUUGUUCCCAGAUUUCUUAUCCAUGCGGAGGGAGCGACACACGAAUACCUACUUACUUACUCCUGAGUGGGACUCUCAGCAUAUUUAUUCUUUUGUCAUGGAGACCGUUCUAAAAUUUGUGCAGAUCGCGCCGAAAAAAGCGAGACUAGCGGUCGCCGAGGGAGAGUUCAAAGCGGUGAUGGCCAAGCUGGAAGUGAAACAGGCGGAACUGAAGAAAAUUGUUGAUAAGCUGCAGGCCCUCGAAGACCAGCUGAACGGGUUGAAGGCGGAGCAGGAUAAUCUGGCUUAUCAAGUCGAUCUGUGCGAGAAAAAGUUGAUUCGCGCAGAACAGCUUAUUUCUUCGCUUGGUGGUGAGAAAACCCGCUGGACCGAAAACAGUGCGAAUCUGGCUGUCGAUUAUGUGAAUUUGACCGGUGACGUCAUUGUCAGCAGUGGUCUCAUCGCCUACCUGGGGGCGUUCACACCAGAGUUCCGCGACGAGGCACUGACCAGCUGGGUGUCGAUCACAAAAAGCAAGGAGAUACCAGGCAGCGAGCAAUUUUCGCUACAAACGGUAUAAUUUUGGAUUUUAAGAACGAUCAUAUUUUCACCGCAAACGGUAUGAUUUUGGCUCUUUGGUAUGAUCAUCGACGCUGCUGGUGUAAGCAAAUGUAUACCACUAGAGGUGUCCCAUUGUAAAACAGAUAGACAAAAAGAUGUGUCGCUGUGGUGGUUAGAGCCGUCGUUAUUUUUCUGCGUAUGAAGAUGUAAUCAAUUAGCAUGAGUUGUCAAUGUCAUUUGUUCAUCAUACAUACGUUUGAAACCAGAUUCUCGGUCAGCCGGUGAAGAUCCGGCAUUGGACCAUCUGUGGGCUUCCUAAUGACAGUUUCUCAAUCGAGAACGCGAUUGUUCUUGAUAAGGCGCGCAGGUGGCCACUCGCGAUUGACCCGCAGGGACAGGCUAACAAGUGGAUCAAGAAGUUGGAGGCUGACCGCAAGAUUGCAGUGGCAAAAUUUACAGACGGCGACUACCUCCGAAAGCUGGAGACGAGCAUCCAAUUCGGGAAUCCUUUCUUAAUCGAGAACGUAGGCGAAGACACGGAUCCCGCAGUAGAGCCGGUACUGCUAAAGCAAACCUUCAAGAAGGGCGGCAUGACCAUGAUCAAGUUGGGUGAGAGUAUUAUCGAAUAUAGCAAAGACUUCUUCUUCUACAUGACAACGAAGCUGCGGAACCCGCACUACUUGCCUGACGUGGCAGUGAAGGUGACUUUGUUGAACUUCAUGAUCACGUUAGUGGGAUUGCAAGACCAGAUUCUGAACUUUGUGGUGAAGGAAGAGCGACCGGAUCUAGCCGAAGAAAAAGAGAAGCUUGUGCUCGAAGGCGCGGCGAACAAAAAGAAACUCGAAGAGUGCGAGAACGAAAUUUUGCGCGUGCUGUCUGAGUCCCAGGGUAAUAUUUUGGAGGACGAAAGUGCCAUCAACAUCAUGAAAGAGUCUAAGGUCGUGUCAAACGAUAUUGCUGCGAAACAAGAAGUGGCUGCUGCUACGGAAAUCAAGAUCGAUGAAGCGCGUGUUAGCUACGUGCCAGUCGCUUUCAAGGCAGCCGUCAUGUUUUUCUGUAUCCAGGAUCUGGCCAGCAUCGAUCCUAUGUACCAAUACAGUCUGCCGUUUUACGUGCAGCUCUUCCUGAGUUCCAUCGAGCGUGCCGAAAAAGCACCCGAGCUCAGCGACCGCAUCGCAAACAUCAACGACUUUUUCCGCUUAAACCUUUAUCGCAAUAUCUGUAGGAGUCUCUUCGAAAGGUAUAUUCGUCGUGCCGUCUGUGUGAUAGUUGCUACUCAAUAUUAGAGUCGAUAAAGACUAUGAAUCAAUGGAAAUUUGAAUCUCCUUCUAACAUCUCUCUGGUGUCACCGUCGAGUUGUUAUGUAUAGAUGAAGUGAUGAAUCUGAAUAAGAGUCGUAUUAAUAUUUAUUAGAGGCGCAUAUCUAUGAUCAGAUUGCUAAGUUCAAAGGACGGCAGAGAGAUCAUUUUAAAAAAACAAGUCCUCAAUGUUGAAGUAACUCCUUGGCUUUCAGGCACAAACUUCUGUUUUCGUUUUUGCUGUGUGCGCGGUUGUUCCUUUCCGAUGGGCUCAUCGACAUGAACAAUUACCGAUAUCUGCUCACCGGUGGCGUUAGUAUGGAGCAGGCACCGGAAAAGCCCGCAGAGUGGAUUCCCGUACGGACGUGGGCCGAGGUCUUCAAGCUCGGAAAGGUUGCAGAGAAAUUUGAGGGGGUUGAUCAAAAGUUCGCCGAUGAGCUAGACUUGAUGAAAGUGGCCUACGAUGCGACGGAGCCACUCCAAAAAUUGCAGGAGCUGAAGCCAAAAACCCUCGCAGGCUUCGAUGAUUUCGAGGAGCUGAUGUUCUUGCGCGCCUUCCGACCGGAUCGUCUGGUGCCAGCGAUCAUGCUCUACGUGGCGGCGCAACUCGGCGAGGACUUCGUGAAUCCGCCGCCGUUUGACCUCGAAGGUUCGUACGCUGAUAGCAACAACGGCAUUCCGUUAGUAUUCGUCCUCUCUCCCGGUAGUGAUCCGAAAGCAGCGCUGGACAAGUUUGCUGUGGAACGCGGCAAAGAAAUCCAGGCGAUCUCGCUCGGGCAGGGACAAGGGCCCAAAGCGGAGAAGCUGAUGAUCGAUGGGAAAAAGGACGGCGGCUGGGUUCUCUUGCAGAAUUGUCACUUGGCAACGAGUUGGAUGCCAAAACUCGAGAAAAUUCUGGACCAGCAGGAUAUCCGAAAGAUACAUAAAGAAUACCGACUGUGGCUGACGUCAUAUCCGAGUGCACAGUUCCCGGUCACAAUUUUACAAAACGGUCUCAAGAUGACAAAUGAGGCGCCGAAAGGUACUUUUUGGUUUUUUGCUUUCUCUGCAUUCUCGCAAGUAUUCGUAAUGUAUGUAUGGAUGGAGUUUUUACCAUUAUUAACAAGACCAUGCCGGCGCCCUCUUUUCCCCUUAAAAAUGUAUAACGGAGGAGCCUGGAUGGUCUGAAAGAUGGAAAAAGCUACCUCCAUAUGAAGAAAUCCACUCACUUCAGCACUUCUUAUAGUGUUCUCACGAAAUCUUGCAUCUAUCGACGUGUUCGAUCCAGGUCUCCGUUCCAACCUUACUGGUUCGUAUUUGAUGGAUCCCAUCUCAAACCCGGAAUUCUAUGAGGGCUGCAAGAAACCUCGUGAGUUUAAGCGGUUGCUCUUCGGACUUUGUUUCUUCCAUGCCGUGUGUCAGGAGAGGAAGCUGUUUGGCCCGCUGGGGUGGAAUAUUCCCUACGAGUUCACGGAAAACGACUUGAGGAUAAGUGUGAUGCAGCUGAAGAUGUUUAUUGACGAGCAGGCAGAGAUGCCAUUCAAGGCAAUCACGUACAUGACGGGAGAAUGCAACUAUGGUGGUCGAGUCACGGACGGUAACGACCGCAUUCUCAUCAUGACGCUGCUGCGUGACUACUUCGACGGCAGCAUCUUCGACAGCGAGUACCGUAUGGCCGGCGAAGCGGCCUACAAGCUCUGCGAGGAGGAAGAGUGGGACAGUGUUACGCAACACAUUAGGGGGCUGCCGCUUGGUAAAAAAAAUUAAUUGUAGUAUCUGGAGUAGGUUGCUUUUGCUAUUGCUGUCACAUUUGGUCACUUGUGAAUAAGUAUGAGAACUUUCACUCUGCAGGGACGAGAUUUUUCGUUCAGUAAUCACUGCCACAGAUUUGUCAUAUUGGAGUCAAACUAGAUUGAUGAAGAUGUGCAUCAGGCACACUAAAUCGCGAUAUUAAUUUCACUUGUAAUAAUCUCAUGAUAAUUCUUAGUGUUACCACAAUGAUGAACUACUAGUUUAUAGCACGCAUGGUGCAUGGAGUGGCAUGGAGUGCAUGGAGCACUUGCGCCACUCCCACGCAUGGAGUGCAUGGGGUGGCCGCGUGUCACGCAUGGAGUGCAUGGAGCACGAGGUGGCGCGCUAGCCUCUGCCGUCAGCCGCUCCCCUCCUGUCGAUCGAUGGAGCAGCGGAGCAACGCAAAAGCGGCCCAGGACUGAGAGGCCCUCCCCCCUCGCCUGUCCGCUUUCUAUGGUUGCGGACCCAGUAGGGGACGUCACUGUGAGCCUCGGGCCGUUCCCGCUUGAGAGCCCGGCCUUCGACGAGCCCCCCCGGCCUCCGGUUCUGCGGGGUACAUGCAGGAAAGGCGCCCCUUCAGCCCGGCAGACCCCGCCAAAAGGGGUCCCGCCGGGGCUGAGAGGUUCCCCCCUCGCCUUCCUAGGUCGGGGAUGGGUAUUGCUCCCUGGUUGAGCCCUGGGACACACAUACACAGCCCCCCUCUUCAACUUUUUGCAUGGGUCAGCCCCGUGUGGUUGCCUAGAGCGGUGCAGCCGUAGCAAGGCUUGCUCCGGAAGAGGAGUGAACCCCCCGAGGAUGCGACUUGCUGGGCCCUUUGCCGAAAUUUUCGGGCACCGAAGUACCUGGCAACGACCAUCAGGGGCAGCAAUGUGUGUCAGGGCGCCUAGACCUAUGUAGCAGCAAGCCCGGACUGCCGGCCAGUGUGGGCGUGGUGCUUCGUCCUCGAGUCGACCGCUCCAUCGUCUCAUCGUUGCAGUACAGGGCUGCAGCGGACGAGUCUCGGGCAAAGGGGUGCCCGAAGGGCACCCCGCAAAAUUUUCACGCAUGGGGUGCAUGGAGUAGAAGUGGGGGCUGGCAAGAUUCUUGCCACUCCAUGCUACUCCAUGUGAUCCAUGCACUCCAUGCCAUGCACGCCACGAAAGCUUAUAAAUUAUUCUGUACUACAGUUACUCCACCCGGCGUCUUCGGUUUUCACGAAAAUGCGAACUUGACGAAGGAACAAGGUGAGACCUAUCAGAUGAUGAGCGAUUUGCUCAAGACCGUUGGUCAGGCCUCUGGUGGCGGCGGUGCAGGACCCGAGGACCUAGUGCGCGACGUCGCGAAUGAUAUCCUUGGCCGGUUGCCGAAGCCCUGGAACGUCCCUUCGGUACAGGAGAAGUAUCCGGUGAUGUACGAGGAGAGUAUGAACACAGUACUGUUCCAAGAGGUCACGCGUUACAACAAGCUGGGCAACGUGAUUCGGGAUUCAUUGCGAGAAAUUCUGAAGGCACUCAAGGGUUUGGCCUUGCUGUCUGCGCAACUGGAGGAAGCAUUCUUCAACAUGUUCGAUGGAAAGUUAAGGCUAGUCUUUCAUAGUCCGAUCAUCUGAAAUACCCAUUUAUUCAUUGAGUGAAGGUGCUCCUCGAUGUAGUUCUAUUCCCAUCUUCAAACUUAUACAUCUCCAAGGGAAGGCAAUUGAUUCGGCUUUUCCAUCUUCGCGACGUCUUGUUUAUUUGUAAGUGUACUUGAUAGUCACAGACGAAGUUUUAACAUAAGUAGAGUCGAGUACUGCCUAAAUAAACCAUGCAUAAAAUGUGAGUCAGGUUGCCUGAUUAGGGAAAUUAAUGAGUUAAUGAAGAGCGCUUUCUCUAAGCAACACUCCAGCCAUGUGGCUGGCGGCUUCGUAUCCGUCUCUGAAGCCGCUAGGUGGCUAUGUCAGCGACUUGCUCGAGCGUUUCAAGUUCUACCAGACGUGGAUCGACAAGGGCAAGCCAGCGCUGUUCUGGAUUUCUGGUAUCUUUUUCACACAAGCAUUCACCACUGGUGCUGCGCAGAACUUUGCGCGAAAAUACGUCAUCCCAAUUGACACGCUUACUUUCGACUUCUACUAUCCGAAGGAGCAGAAACCGAAAUCGCCACCAGGUACUUCGCGCUUGGAAGCCAACUAUCAUGAAAUCUUCGACAGUCACCGUCCUUUAUUUAUAUCCCCUGCUGUGUACAUUUACAUAUUUAUACUAGACUUUUCAUGAUUAUAAUUAUUUUCAUUUGUUUCGACUACAACAGCGGACGGAGUGUACACGUAUGGGCUGUUUCUCGAGGGUGCUCGCUGGGAUUGGGAUAAGUGGGGUCUAGCGGAGUCGGAGCCGAAAGUUCUCUUUACGGGUGUGCCGAUGAUCCACAUUACACCGUGUAAGAAGGACGAGCUCCACGACUUCUACUUCUACAGCUGCCCCGUCUACAAAGUUUCAACCAGGAGAGGUGUGCUCAGUACUACCGGCCACAGCACGAACUUUGUUAUGGCCAUGCGCAUUCCCACGUUCGACGCACCGAAGCACUGGGUUAAGCGUGGCUGCGCAAUGCUCACUUCGCUGGACGUAUAGCUGGUGCUUUUUCAUUCUGUCUUUCUUUGCCAAAAUAAAUGAAGAAUGUCUGCUUGUGAACUUCGUUCACUACAAAUGAACAUCACGUGGUAACUAAUAUGAGGGUUAUCCACUCUCAACAUACCCGCUUCUACAGUAAAAAUAUAACUGUCUUCAAAAAAAUACAAAAAUGUAUUGCAUUUUAUCAUUCUUUCCUGAACUUCUUCAACUUCUGCCAAAAAAGUUUGUCUUAUUGUUGCACAGUAAGUAUUAUGAGAAUUUUCAGCGUGUUCGUGCACUAAUGAACGAUGUUUAUCCUUCUGCAAGGCAGGCCACGCCCUUGUACUUCUUUUUGCUUGUAGGUUCGGGCCACGCUCCCGGUUCAAGCCACGUAAAUAAAUGCUGGUGGACUUGUAGACAAGUAGGCAACAAAAAAAGAGCCUUGAACUGGGUGCGCUGUUGAAAAGUGACAGAUUAUUUUAUAUAUAAGUAUAUCCUAAGCCUAACCUAAAGACAAUUGCGAAGUAGAUCACAUAAUAGAUACCUAAAGUCCUUGCGUGAUAACUGAUGUGUGAUGUAGAUGCACAACAAGGAACUUGCUACGAACCAUUCUAAAUAUCUACUUGAUUCAUGAUUCUACUAUACUAAGAACUAGCAUGCCAAAGCUGCAGGUGCAGUAUUUUGAGCAAGCAGAAGAGAAGGUUGAAAGAUGUCCUCAAUUGAGCCUGCACCAUCAGCCAGAAUGGCAGGAUUGUGAGGAAGACGCCGGCAAGAGAAGUAGCCGAACUCUUGAUCUUGGACAGACCGUAAUUGCACGAAAAGCAUACUAGAUCGAGUCCAAGGACAAAGUCCCUUCCGAAGAUUAUGUACAGUGGAGAUCAUGAAGUAUUAAGACAAAUUAUCGUUCUGAUCUUUUUUAUUGCUGUGCCCCUAGAAGUUGUUUCUGAUGGUGCCCAGCCAUUUAUCGUUGACUAGUCGAGCUUAAAUGUUUUGAUUUCCUUCAAUGAGGACCUGCAUGUACAUAAUAAAGGUACAUUCAUAUUCAAGAGGAGUCUGCUACUUACUCAAAUUAGAAGAUGAUGUUAUUGACUAGGAGUUGCUUGAUUGACAAUUUAAACGCGAAGAAGUCAUUUACUGGAGGAUAUAGAUACUAGAUGAAUGAAGUUCUAAGUGAAAAAAUACCAAAGUUGAUGAAGCUUUUUAAAUCUACAAAAAUGAAAGAUC